AUGUCUCGAAGGACGGAACGAAUUGAAAAGAAUGUUGAGCUAGCGUCGUUGGUAAAGGAACGUAAACAGUUGCGGAUUGUCGAGUCCACGCUUCAGUCAAUGUUGGAAAAAAUCAACCAACAACUAAACCAGUUGCUAGUAGAAGAACUGCAGCUCAAAUCUCGGGAUGCACAGCUGACCAUGAGCGCCGAGAAUCGGAAGCCGUCGGACCCGCAAGCCGGUUGCUCCAGCUCAAACCCCACCGAUGUCAACAAGCAGGUGCUGAACCUGGGAGUUGAGAAAAUGAUAUGCUUUGAACUGCUCGAAGAAUCUGAGGAGGACGAGCUUUAGGCUGGGACAACCGACGAAACACCACUCAACAUCGUUAUGAAGAAGAUACCAAAAGUUACAAGAAAGACACCGGGUACCGAUUAGCUUUCAGUUGCACUAAAUA